AAAAAGCCUUAUUAUAUUUUUUAUUAUUAAUUAUUAAGUAUUAUUUGGCCAUAACCAUUUCUGUUGAUGGUUAUUUCAUUGUUGUCUCUAAAAAGUCGUUUGUCAUACCCUUUUGGUCAAAAGAAUCAAACCGGUCUCCAAAUUGGAUCUCCAGCUGACCGGAGAAGAUGGAUAGGUUUAACAAUCGCCGGGUUAAACUCAGCGAUUCAGAACCUCCGCCGUCCGAUGUAAAUCCGCCGCCGAAUCUGGAGCCGUUCAUGGGUGUGAAAACAAGACGGUUGGCUUCCUUGCACAGAGAUUAUACAGGAGAUUAUCUCGAUGUUUCUUCUAACCCUUACCUUUUGAAAAUUCUUGACAAACAAGGUGAUAGGCAAGUUCUCUUUGCUGAUAAGGUUUUUAAGUUCACUAGCACUGGGAAGAUGAAGAGACGCAUUUUGAUAGUAACUGACUUUGCGUUGUAUGUGAUUGAUCCUGAGACCUUUUCUCUCAAGCGUCGAAUUACCCUUUCCGCGGUAGAGAAGCUAUAUUUAAGCAAAUUAUCGGAUAACUUCUUUGCAAUUGUCAUUCCAACAGAGUAUGAUAUGCUGAUGGCAAGCACUAGAAAGACUGAAAUUGUUACUGUCUUGGUGGAUGCUGCAAAGAAUACAUCUAACUUUGAACUUGAUGUGAUCUUUAAAGACAAGUUCGAGUACAAUCCAGCUGCUGACUUGGUCAAGGAGGUCCAUUUUGAGGAAGUUGUAGUUGGUGUAAAGACCCGAAUUUUAGUCAAGCGUGAAGAAGACUAAUUUUGGCAUAUCGACUCGAAAGUUUCACGGUUCCAAUAGUGAUGAGGUCUUCACAAGUUUUCUUGUCAGGUCAUCAUGCAUUCAGCCCAGGUCCUCAAUACUAAAACCUUAUACUACGCAAUAUGUUUUCAUGUGUAAUCGUACAUCAUUCUUGGCCUCAUGUUUGUUAUUUCAGAAAAACAUUGUUAAUCGAAAUGUGUAAAUGUACUUUGAAAUUCUUAAAAAUUCUAUGCGAGGUUUCCAUUAUACCAGUA